AUGUCGGCAUCGCUUGACCUCGGUCUCCCCAACGACGCCCUCAAAACGAACUGCCUCUCCAUCGGCUUUCUUCCCUCUGAAGGCGAUUCCGCGUCUCGGCGCUACACUAUGGCCGAGAUCAACUCGAAGCUCGGCGCCAAAGCAAGCACAUACGGGUGGUAUGCGCAGAUUACAUCGUCAGGCUUUGACGGCAGCCAGCUGCUCGCGGUGAAAGACGACGUCGUCGCCUCAGGCGCCGUGUUCGUUGCUUCCGUCAUGCCGUCCGUCAACUUCAACGAAAUCACCGAGGACGUCGCUAAGCAGGUUGCUUCCGUCAUGAAGCAGUUCACAGACGCCGGCGUCACCGUCUGGCUCCGCUACGCCCACGAGAUGAACUGGUACGUCAGCGACGGAACCUACCACGGCAGUUCCGCCGACUUCCUCACCUCCUGGAAGAACAUCUACAACGCCGCGUGCAAGGACAACGCCAAGGUGUCCUGCUUCUGGAGCCCGAACCAGGCCGGCAGCGCAUCAGACCUCGCUCCCUGGUGGCCCGGCGAGGACUUCGUCGAUCUUGUCGGCAUCGAUUGCUACCCGAGGUCUGGCGACGACACGUCCUCGAACGAGCUGUUCGACCGGCUGUACGGCAGCUUCUACGACGCGUACAGCAAGCCAUUUGGCCUGCCGUUUGCCAUCGGGGAGACGGGCGCGGGAACCGGGCAGAAGGAGCAGUGGCUUAAGACGCUGGUGAGCCAGGAGAAGAGCAAGUACCCCAACUAUGUCAGCAUGUCGUGGUUUGAGUUCGACAAGGAGGCGGACUUUCAGAUCGUCAUGACCGACGACGCGACACUGCAAAGCACGAAGGCUACACUGCUUUCUGGCGGGAACGAGCAGUGCGGUGGUGCUGGGGCUGGGACUGCUCUGCGAGUGUGCCGUGCCAGGGGCCGUGGACGUGCAAGGGCGGGUACUGCAAAUGAUGGCCCAACUCUCACAUAG